AAACGCCAGAGGGUGUGACAGCUCAAACUGAGAGGAUCAGGGAAGCACGAUGCUUGAAUUCAACUGGAUUGAGAUAUUUUCAUUUUUAUUUCCAAUACUGCUGCUUCAGCUUCAAGAAAUAUCAGGACAGGAUUUCCACCUCAUUGUCAAAGAUGAUGAUGAAGUCAUGUUGCCUUGUUUAAAUGUCAUAAAAACGCAGACAGAAUGCAGCAGUACCACGUGGCAUUACACUAAUUCAAGAGAGUCCCCGGUAGCAGAGCUGGUUCAGCAUGGGCAGGUUGGGAAAAAUAGUAAAGCCGACAGACUGAGUGUUGCAGCUGACUGUUCUCUGACUAUAAAGAAGGUCAGAUUGGAAGAUGUUGGUCAAUACAGCUGCAGACAGUACGGUGAAUUAAACCAGCAUCAAGGUCCAGAGACUGUGGUUUAUCUGUCUGUCAUCAACAUUCAUGAACACCAGGACAACAAUAUGGUGACGUUAACGUGCUCUGUGUUGACCUAUGAAGGCUGCAGAUACACAGUGGAGUGGCUGCAUGAACGUGAUAAAGAUAGUUUCACAAGCCCAAAGAGACCACACAGUUCCUGCUCAGCCUCUUUGACAUUUAACACGCCUCUUGAUAAGAACUUUAAGAAGUCAAAGUGUAAAGUGACAGAUAACAACGGUGAAAGCUUUCUGCUGUGCAGCUUUAAUCAGCAGUCCUCAUGUGAGGAAACAGAUCCUCCUCAUUGGUGGGUGUACAUCAUUGUGGCUACUUCAGCAGUCCUAAUAAUCGCUGCUGCUGCUGGGGUGAUCAUCAGACAGAAGAGAACUGAAGGCAACAGUAACAAAACACAGAAGGAUGACAGCUUUGGACUGAGCUUUAACCCUGCUGUGAUUCAGCCUGGGUCAGACACCAGUCAGGACACGGCUGAUCCUGAAGGUGGUGUUUCUUAUGCCUCCAUCAGUUACACCAAGAAGCUCAACAGUGAAGCCAAGGGUAAAGAUGAUGAUAAUAGUGAAGAGGAUGCAGUGACAUACAGUACUGUGAAAACCAUGCCAGGAGCUUCCACUGAUCCCAGCAACAUCUACGCUACUGUGAACAAACCAAACAAAAAAGAGAAAGUCACUGUAUAGUUAAAUUAAUUUUACACAGAUUUUUUUUAAAAGCCCCUUUCAGACAUUCAAUUUGUUCAUUUGAAGGCAGCUGAAUGUGUCAACUUCUUGUCUGAAUGCGCACUUUGGUCACGUUUCCAUAAAAGUCCAACCAGCUAUCUUAUUAGGUUGGACCUAGUAAUGUUUCCAUAUAAUUUUCAAUAUGGCACAAGUGUGAGUGAGCCGUCACAUUAACGGAGAGGUAUGCACAAGUGGUACUU